AUCCCCCUGUAACUCAACACCUAGUGACAUGACGCAUAGACACUGGCUGUGCCUAGGCAAGCCCAGUUCAGAGUCAACCCAGCCUUGUCCCAGGAGAGUAGGAACCUCAGGGAGCGAGAGAGAGACAGAGACAGUGAGAGAAAAGAAAAGACAGGGACAGAAAGAGAAAGAGAAAGAGAAAGAGAUUGAGAGAGUGAAGCAGGCCUACCGGACCCCCUGCUUGGGACUCGCUGAUGUGAGACAGCACCAUUCCGGACAGAUGGAUUAGCCAAGAGAGCCGGCUCCCACCAGCUUUCUCCCCCCUCCUCCCUCCCACCCGUGCCUGCCCGCCCGCCCGGUGGCUCCUUCUUCUGUGGCGGCCCCCACCUGUGGCCGCCUGCCGCAACCAUCGCCUACGCUCGCGCUCUCUCCUUUCUCACCCCACAAACCGGCCUGGGGAAGGCUAGCGCUCUACACUUUGUACCUAAGGAGGAGGACUUGGCUUUUUCUAUGGUGCAUAUGUUUUGAGGAUAACAUCAGGCUGCCAAUCACAUAAUUACAGGCUGUGAAAGAGGGACGCCGUUCCCCCCUCUCUUUUGGUUGGGAUUUCAGUUGGAUUUGGAUUACUGAUUUUGGUAUGGGUAUCACCCUAUGAUUGAGUGAGCCCACAGGCAUCGAGCAGGAGCUUUGGGAUCCACGGAGCGAGUGCCAACCACACACCAUGGUUCCGCGCCACAGACAGCCUGCGCCCCUGGCCAGGCGGCCCACCUUGCUGCUCCCGCUACUGCUGCUGUUGUUGCUUGGUUGGGCGACGGGACCGGCCCACGCAGACAGCAUGCCCAACUUCGUAAAGUCCCCUGAUGACCAGAUAGGUAUAUCUGGCGGAGUGGCCUCAUUCGUGUGCCAGGCGGUGGGCGAGCCCAAGCCCCGCAUCACAUGGAUGAAGAAGGGGAAGAAAGUCAGCUCUCAGCGCUUUGAGGUGAUUGAGUUUGACGACGGCUCAGGGUCAGUGUUGCGCAUCCAGCCCCUGCGCACGCACCGAGACGAGGCCAUCUACGAGUGCACGGCCACCAACAGCGUGGGCGAGAUCAACACCAGCGCCAAGCUCACCGUCCUAGAAGAGGACCAGAUUCCACAUGGCUUUCCCACCAUUGACAUGGGCCCCCAGCUGAAAGUGGUGGAGAGAACGCGCACGGCCACCAUGCUGUGCGCCGCCAGCGGAAACCCGGACCCGGAGAUCUCCUGGUUCAAAGACUUCCUGCCCGUCGACAUCACCGGCAGCAACGGACGCAUCAAACAGCUCCGCUCAGGAGCGUUGCAGAUCGAGAACAGCGAGGAGUCGGAUCAGGGCAAGUACGAAUGCGUGGCCAUGAACAGCGCCGGGACGCGCUACUCCGCCCCGGCCAACCUCUACGUGCGAGUGAGGCGUGUUCCGCCCCGCUUCUCCAUCCCCCCCAACAACCACGAGGUGAUGCCCGGUGGCAGCGUCAACCUCACCUGCGUGGCGGUGGGCGCCCCCAUGCCCUUCGUCAAGUGGGUGACGGACGGGGUGGAGCUGACCAAGGAGGACGACAUGCCCGUCGGGCGCAACGUGCUGGAGCUCACCAACAUCCGCCAGUCGGCCAACUACACCUGCGUGGCCAUGUCCUCGCUUGGCAUCAUCGAGACCACCGCGCAGAUCACCGUCAAAGCGCUGCCCAAAUCGCCCACGUCGCUGCUGGUCACGGAGACCACGGCCACCAGCGUGACCCUGACGUGGGACUCGGGCAACCCGGAGCCCGUCUCCUACUACGUCAUCCAGUACCGGCCCAAGCAGUCGGAGAACAACUUCCAGGAGGUGGACGGCGUGGCGUCCACGCGCUACAGCAUCGGCGGCCUGAGCCCCUACUCGGAGUACGAGUUCCGCGUGAUGGCGGUCAACAACAUCGGGCGCGGGCCGCACAGCGGGCCGGUGGAGACGCGCACCAGCGAGCAGGCGCCCUCCUCGCCGCCGCUGCACGUGCAGGCGCGCAUGCUCAGCUCCAGCACCAUGCUGGUGCAGUGGAAGCAGCCGGAGGAGCCCAACGGCCAGAUCCGCGGCUACCGCGUCUACUACACCGAGGACCUGCAGGCGCCGCUCAGCACCUGGCAGAAGCACAACACCGACUACUCGGAGCUCACCACCAUCUCCGGGCUCACGCCCGACAUCACCUACAGCCUGCGCGUGCUCGGCUUCACCUCCGUCGGGGACGGGCCGCCCUCGGACGUGCUGCAGGUCAAGACCCAGCAAGGAGUGCCGGCCCAGCCUGCGGGCUUCGAGGCGGAGGCGGAGCUGGACACCCGCAUCAUGCUCACCUGGCUCUGGCCCGUCCAGGACCAGAUCAUCAAGUACGAGCUCACCUACUGGGAGGCAGACGCGGGAAACAAGCAACAUGUGACCUUUGACCCAGCUGGUUCGUACGCUGUGGAGGGCCUGAAGCCAGACACUCUGUACAAGUUCUCCCUGGCCGCCCGCUCCGAGAUGGGCCUGGGCGUCUACACGCAGCCCAUAGAGGCUCGCACGGCUCAGUCAACACCGUCAGCUCCUCCUCAGGAGGUGCACCUGGUCAGCCUCACCUCCACCAGCAUCCAGGUGAGUUGGACGGCGCCGCCGGCCGCCCUGCGCCACGGCAACAUCGUGCGCUACUCGCUGGCCUACCAGGCGACGUCCGGCGAGGACACGGAGCGCCACGAGGUGCCGGACAUCGCCGCCGACGCCUCCAGCUACGUGCUGGACAGCCUGGACAAGUGGACCGAGUACCAGGUGUGGGUGAGGGCCCACACGGACGUGGGGCCCGGCCCGGAGAGCCCGGCCGCUCGGAUCAGAACCAAAGAGGACGUGCCCGGCGCCCCUCCGCGGCGGGUGGAGGCGGAGGCGGUCAACUCGACGGCGCUGCGGGUGACGUGGAAGCCGCCGCUCGCCGCCAAGCAGCACGGCCAGAUCCGCGGCUACCAGGUGGUGUACUCGCGGCUGGAGAACGGAGAGCCGCGCGGCCAGCCCGUCAUCCUGGACGUCGCCCUGCCCGAAGCCCAGUGGGCCGAUGAAGAAUCCACGGAAUAUGAGGCCUUCAUAACGGGGCUGUUGGCCGAGACCACCUACUCGGUCACUGUGGCGGCGUACACCACCAAAGGAGAUGGAGCACGGAGCAAAGCCAAAGUGGUCGUAACGCCUGGUGCAGUGCCAGGGAAGCCCACCAUGCUGAUCAGCACCACCAUCGGCAACACGGCGCUGAUCCAGUGGCAGCCGCCCAAGGACAUGGUGGGCGAGCUGAUGGGCUACCGCCUCCAGUACAAGCGCGAGGAGGAGCGCGACUUCACCGUCCGCGAGUUCCGCAAGACCGACGACCACUUCACCGUCACCGGCCUGCACAAGGGCGCCACCUACGUGUUCCGGCUCAACGCCAAGAACCGCGCCGGCCACGGCGAGGAGUACGCCAAGGAGAUCGGCACGCCCGAGGACGUGCCGGGCAGCUACCCGCAGAACCUGAGCGUGGUGGGCCUCACCACCACCGCCACCAGCCUGGCGUGGGAGCCGCCGGCGCUGGCCGAGCGCAACGGGCGCAUCGUGCAGUACGUGGUGGUGUACCGCGACAUCAACAGCCAGCAGAACCGCACCAACAGCACGGCCAACACCACGCUCACCAUCCAGGGCCUGCAGCCGGACACCACCUACGACAUCCGCGUGCGCGCCUUCACCAGCAAGGGCGGCGGGCCGCUGAGCCCCAGCAUCCAGAGCAGGACCAUGUCCACCUCAGUGCCAGAGUUUGCCAAUAACUUUGGCGUGAAGGCUGUUAUGAAGAGCUCCGUGUUGCUGACAUGGGAAGUCCCGGAAACCUUCAAGUCUCAAGUGCCUUUCAAGAUCCUGUACAACCAGCAGAGCGUGGAGGUGCAGGGCCACCAGCGGCGGAAGCUGAUCACGCGGCUGCAGCCGGACACCGACUACUCGUUCGUGCUGAUGAGCCGGGGCAGCAGUGCCGGGGGGCUGCAGCAGCAGGUGUCCAUCCGGACCGCGCCGGACCUGCUCAAGACCAAGCCGGCGCUCAGUGGGGACCUAGAGGAGGGCGGCAAGCUCAUAGUCACACUGCCAAAAGUCCAGAGCACCACUGUCAAGUGGUACUACAUUGUGGUUGUUCCUGACACCACCAAUACACGGAGAUGGGAGAAUCCGGACGACUUGGACCUGGAUGAGCUCCUGGCGGCUAGCAGCACAGACGGCAACAGCGCGUGGAGGAAGAGGCGGCGGCGGAGCAGCCCAGACUUCCUGCGGCCGUACAUCGCAGCCAAGCUGGAGAGCCUCCCCGACACCUUCACCCUGGGGGACGAGAAGAGGUACAACGGCUUCCUCAACAAGCCCCUGCCCGGCCAGCAGCAGUACCGUUGCUUCGUGCUGGCAGCGUUCGGGGAAGGCCAGACGUUUGCAGCGAGCCCGUUCUCUGACCCGCUGACGGUGAAGAUCCACGGGAUGUCCCGGACCUCGGAGGACCCCGAGAUGCUGUGGGUCAUGGGCCCCGUGCUGGCCGUGGUCCUCAUCAUCAUCAUCGUCAUCGCCAUCCUGCUCUUCAAGAGGAAGCGCACGUCUCCCUCCACCAAAGACGAGCACUCUACCGGGGUGAAGGACUGUCUGCUGGCUCAUUCCUCCGACCCUGUGGAGAUGAGAAGACUCAACUACCAGACACAAGGUUCCAGCGCCCCCAUCUGCCCGAAUACUCCAAGAAUGAGGGAGCACCCACCCAUCUCCACGUGUGACCUGGCCGACCACAUCGACAGACUCAAAGCCAACGACAGCCUGCGCUUCUCCCAGGAGUACGAGUCCAUUGAUCCUGGCCAGCAGUUCACCUGGGAGCACUCCAACCUGGAGGUCAACAAGCCAAAGAACCGCUAUGCAAAUGUCAUCGCCUACGACCACUCCAGAGUGAUCCUCACACCCGUGGAUGGGGUGCCCGGGAGCGACUACAUCAACGCCAACUACAUUGACGGCUACCGCAAGCAGAACGCCUACAUCGCCACGCAGGGCCCGCUGCCGGAGACGCUCAGCGACUUCUGGAGGAUGGUGUGGGAGCAGCGCAGCAGCACCAUCGUCAUGAUGACACGCCUCGAGGAGAAGUCCCGGGUGAAGUGUGACCAGUACUGGCCCAGCAGAGGGACCGAGACCUACGGCAUGAUCCAGGUCACCAUGCUGGACACCCUGGAGCUGGCCACCUACAGCGUGCGCACCUUCGCCCUGUACAAGAACGGCUCCAGUGAGAAGCGCGAGGUCCGGCAGUUCCAGUUCAUGGCGUGGCCAGACCACGGCGUGCCCGAGUACCCCACCCCCAUCCUGGCCUUCCUGCGCCGCGUCAAGGCCUGCAACCCCCCAGACGCCGGAUCCAUGGUGGUCCACUGCAGCGCUGGCGUGGGUCGCACGGGCUGCUUCAUCGUGAUCGAGGCCAUGCUGGAGCGCAUGAAGCACGAGAAGUCGGUGGACAUCUACGGCCACGUGACGUGCAUGCGCUCGCAGCGCAACUACAUGGUGCAGACGGAGGACCAGUACAUCUUCAUCCACGAGGCGCUGCUGGAGGCGGCCACCUGCGGCCACACCGAGGUGCCCGCGCGCAACCUCUACGCCCACAUCCAGAAGCUCACGCAGGUGCCGCCCGGAGACACCGUCACCGCCAUGGAGCUGGAGUUCAAGAAGCUGGCCAACUCCAAAGCACAUACCUCAAGAUUCAUCAGUGCCAACCUGCCGUGCAACAAGUUCAAGAACCGGCUGGUCAACAUCAUGCCCUUCGAGUCCACUCGGGUCUGUCUGCAGCCCAUCCGCGGCGUGGAGGGCUCCGACUACAUCAACGCCAGCUUCAUCGACGGAUACAGGCAGCAGAAGGCUUACAUCGCCACACAGGGCCCCCUGUCCGAGACCACUGAGGACUUCUGGAGGAUGCUGUGGGAGCACAACUCCACCAUCGUGGUCAUGCUGACCAAACUGAGGGAAAUGGGCCGCGAGAAGUGCCAUCAGUACUGGCCAGCUGAGCGCUCAGCCCGCUACCAGUACUUUGUGGUGGACCCCAUGGCCGAGUACAACAUGCCCCAAUACAUCCUGAGGGAGUUCAAGGUCACAGAUGCCAGGGAUGGCCAGUCCAGGACUAUCCGCCAGUUCCAGUUCACUGAUUGGCCGGAACAGGGCGUGCCAAAAACUGGAGAGGGCUUCAUCGACUUCAUCGGCCAAGUGCACAAAACCAAGGAACAGUUCGGCCAGGACGGACCAAUCACUGUGCACUGCAGUGCGGGUGUUGGGCGGACGGGCGUCUUUAUCACCCUGAGCAUCGUGCUGGAGAGGAUGAGAUACGAGGGCGUGGUGGACCUCUUCCAGACCGUCAAGACACUGCGCACCCAGAGACCAGCCAUGGUGCAGACAGAGGACCAGUAUCAGCUAUGUUACCGGGCAGCUCUGGAGUACCUGGGCAGCUUUGAUCACUAUGCAACGUAACCGCUUCCCCCUUCUACAACAGCACCGGCUUGCCCCCCCCUACCCCCCAUCCUCCCCCAGCCGGGCUUUGGAUCUUCUGGGCAACACCCACCCAGCCAGUUCUCUUCCGGAAACUUCUCCUUGGUGGGGUGGAGUUGGGAGGAGUGGAAUGGGGAAUGGGAAUGAGGAGCACAGGUGAUGGUGGGGGUGGCAGGAGCCCCCCCUCCCCCCAUUUUUUUGGAGCAACACCUAAAGGACUGGCACAACAAACUUGCUUUAUCCCCCACCCUCCCCCUGUCACACACCAACACAACAAACAGACAGACCAGAAAACAAAGCAAGCUCCCUUAAAUGAAAAGCCUAUUCAGACAAAAAAUAGUAACCAUUCUGAUGUCUCCAAUGCACAAUGGCUUCCCCUGUUCAUGCAUCCUGCUGAUCAUCGGCAUUGUUUAUGUUGUUCAAUAAUCCUUGCCAUUGCCAUUGCCAUUACUACCAUAUUAUUAUUACUACAUAAUCUAGAUUUUAUCAUUAUUGUUUGUUAUUUUUAAUCAUUUACACUGGUUGUUGUAUGUAUGUAAGUCUAAGGGGUCUACUUUUAUUUUCCAUGGUUAUUCAUAUUUGACUUUUUUGUAUGUUUUAUUUACUUUUUAAUUUUUAUAGUCAUAGCACGGAGGGCAUGUGUUUUCGAUAUGCCCCAGCGUUAACUGAUAUUAACAAACACAUACUCAGUGCUGCUACUGAUGGUUUCUUUAUUGUUAUCGUCAUUAUUAUAUUAUCAUCUUCUGAUUAGCCACUCGCGCGUUCAUUCAUUCGUCUGGGGAAGGGGAACAACCUUUUAUAAGCCUUUUCAUCUCCUGAUACUUUAUAGAAUGAUUAUCUAUAUUAAAAAAAGAGAUCAAAUGCAUACAUACAGAGUUAGCGGACUUACAUAAACUUAUUGUUAUAAAAGAAAAAACUGAAUAGACUAAUGAAUCUUGAGGACAAUGUCAUGUACAGAUUCGGGCAUCGCUCUCAAUAGCUGUAAACUGUGACUUUUUUUCUCUCUUUCUCUUUAUCUCUGCGAGCAAGUGUGUCGCUCAAAAGACCUCAUCACACACACACUGAACGACAGAAGUUUUCUGAGACGGGGGUUACGUCAUGUACCAGUGACGCCUCGCAUAAAUACAUUCUCAACACAAACACACACACGCCCCAGGUCUUAUCCUGGGAAGGAAAGGUUGACCAAAAUCCCAAGGACCCAGAGAGAACUCCCACCCUGGGUUGUGACCUGAGACAAGGGAUCUGGACUCAUGUGUAUAGCGCUUAACCUCCUCCUAGAGCUUCUGAAGAGUGUUUUUAUCUGGCCAAAGCAGUAUCUCAAAUCAAUGUAUCUCGAUGAUGGCCUGUACCUUUUGAUCGGAAAACACCCUUAUUUUUAAAUUUGUUUUUAUUUUAUUUUUUCUUUGCGAACGACGACCCUCAGAUUCACUGGUCUGGUUGUGGUGGAGGGACCGGGCCAGAUCGGGUCGUUCCUGACUCAUCGUCCACACGUGGUACUCCGCAACUGCCGUGCUCUCAUCUUGCCCCCACUGAGGUACACAAAAGGUUCUCCUACAGCGGCGCUACAGUGGAUAAAGGAGCUCCGCAUCCGGAAUCAAGAACCCAGCGGAACAUUCUUCACUAGACCAGAAGACCGCAAAAAAGAAAAGAAAAAGAAAAACCUGUGGUGAAUUUGUUGUACGCGAGGAUAAACCGAGGGGGCCAAGAAAAAUCAUUUCACUUUGUGUUUGCAUAGUGCCGUAGGGGUCCACUCUGUUGUACAUGCAGUCUGUUUUAUAUUUGUCAAUAUGACGACAACCACAACAACGAGAAAAAAACGGUGAGAAAAAAUGUUGCAAAUACCUUGAUGUUAAUAAAGUUGAAUAAAUGGGUUUUGUACAAA